CUGCCCUGCAUGAAGCAAUCAGAUCUCUGUUGGUUUCAUGCAUGGAAUUAAGGGAAAAAUAAGUUUCAAUUGAAUUCUUGAUUUAUCUAUAAGGAUUCAAAAGGCAAAGAAAAAGAUAGAAACCCAUGAAUAAAGACUGAAAAAACCUUUUUCAUUUAAUUUUUGUAGUAGCAAACCCAAAAAAAGAAAACAGCUUUGCAAGCAUCUGAUCCUGACCUACCGUUCGAAUUGACCUUUGUAUGCUCGUUCCAUCUCGAGACGAGAAUCCAGAGACGUUGGGCCUUUCAGCAGACGAACCCAAACUGUUCGUUAAAAUGCUUUAAUGAAACUUCCAAGCUUACAAUCUAUUACAACCUUCCAUAUGAAAAUCUGGACGGUAUUCAACAUCAGAGGAUUAAUAAGGGGAGACUAUGACACAAAUUUCAUCACCAAGAGUAUGGCGCUACAACUAAUUGAUGCAUCAUAUUCGACCAUUACAGAGGUCCCUAGAAAACUAAGGAGAACAGAGAGGAAGCCAUUGGUGACGAGCAUUAAUGAGCUCAAGCGCAGAGAGAGGCUGGAGAAGCAAAAGCGACAAGAGGUUCGAGAAGUUACUCUGAAGCCUCCCGAGGAUGGGCUGUUAGUGAAGGGGUUAAUACCAGUAGCGCAUCAUGUUUUAGCUUCCCAAGCUGAGUUACUAGCUUGUGUUUCUAGAGUUGCAGAUCACAUUCCUAUCUAUUCAUGCAGGUUGUGUGGGGAAGUUCAUGUUGGUCAUACACCACAUAAGAUUAAAACAUGUUCUGUUAGCGGCAGUGAAAAGAGCAAGGAGCAUAUUUGGGAGAGAGGGGAUGUCAAACACUUAUUGCCUCUUGUAGAAUCUUUCCAUAUGUAUGAUCGGUUGGGUAGAGCCGUUUCACAUGAUGAGAGGCUGGAGGUGGACCGGAUUCCUGCGAUUAUGGAGUUGUGCAUUCAGGCUGGGGUUGACGUGCCUGACUACCCAACCAGAAGACGGAAGUUCCCAGUUUACCAAGUGGCCAGGAAAAUGAUAGAUUUUGAGAAGAGGUUCCCCAAGGAUAAUGCUCUCUCUCGAAACCACAUCCAGACAUCUGGUUUUUGGGGAACCACUAAGAGAUUAAUAACUUCAAAUGAGAAAACUUUGGGUUUGCCUCCCGAUGAUAUCACAGGAUGUGCAGAGAGAGGAAUGGAAGUGUGGGAGGACACACGAACGGGAGCCAUACAGCUAAUGCAGAAGUACGCUGUUCAAACAUGCGGAUAUUGUCCUGAAGUUCAAGUGGGACCGAAGGGUCAUAGGGUGAGGCAGUGUCAAGCCUUCAAGCAUCAAAUGAGGGACGGGCAACAUGCUUGGCAAGAGGCAACCAUAGAUGACCUUGUUCCUCCGGUCUACGUGUGGCAUGUUCUAGAUCCAUCUUCCCCUCUUCCUCUAGUUGAUGCUUUGAAGAGGUACUACGGAAAGCUGCCCGCAGUUGUGGAACUGUUCUCUCAAGCUGGGGCUCAGGUUCAUAGCAGCUAUAGUGGCGUGAUGAGAGCAGAUAUUGCUCUUCCUAGUCUAGGCGAAGAAAAGUUAGUCGUGUGAGCGGUAGCCUCACACUCCCUUGGUCAGGGUAUUGAACUUGAGCUGAGAAAGCUUGAAGGCGCAGUAAAGGCCAUACAUGAAAAUCUAUUAUUUAUAGAGAGCAGGUAAUUUAUCAUCCAGUUAUGUAAUCCCAUUACCAUCUUUCCUUAUGAAAUUAUAACCUUAUUUAACCAUCUAUCUUUUCCCCUGGCAAAAACUUCUCUUAUGGUUUUGCAGAGAUGCGGACACUGAGCGAGACUACAAAUUCUCGGCUUAUUUGGUUCAGUCUCAUGCCAUUGGGUGUACCCAUUGGGGUUUUGUUACUACCAAUAAUGAAGCAAUUUUCUCAUAUGAAAAGCUGAUUUAGAUUAUAUUUCCCUCCAGUUUAGGCUAUUUCCUUGGAGGGUUGUAGAUUUUUUACUUCAAAUGGAAGCAGGUAAAAGGUCGAAAAUCACUGUUUCAUUUUGCAUUUGCUUAAAUGCUUAAUGCAUAGUUAGUGGUGUGGGAAAGGAUUUCACAUUUUUGUCUGUGUUUAGAUUUCAUGCAUGAAACAAAUUAGGCAUCUUCAUUGAGUCUGUUUGGUACAUGUAAAUUUGGUUGAGUUCCAAAGUUGUCAUUGAAAUGGAUGAAUAGAUACAUUGACUUAAAAAAGUACUGGAAAUGUAUCCUUUAUAUAAAUUUAUACCGUUGAUGUCUAUAAGAUAAAGGUCAUGCAUUUGAUUUUCAUAAAUUUGGGGUGUAACCAAUUAUUUUGAUUAAUCUAGUGGCUCUAUGUAAUACUUUGUAUAGUUUUGUACUUUGG